UCCCCUGCUGCUGCUGCUGCCCGAGCACAGGGCCCUGUUUUCUGUCCGGGUCGCUGCAUCCAGCCUGCUGCUGGUUUUUGCAAGGUGUCACAGAGAAAAAUAAUCAGUGUCAACCCAAUGGUCACCAAGGAUAUGAACUCUGCUGUUUUUGUCUAGAUGGAUGAAAAGGUUAACAGCCCAGAAGGGGAGUUCUUUUUGUUUCCAAGAUGGCAGCAACUAGUGGUGAAAGCCAGCUGCAGCGGAUUAUCAGAGACUUGCAAGAUGCAGUGACUGAAUUAAGUAAAGAAUUUAAAGAAGGAGGUGAACCUAUUACAGACGACAGUGUCAACUUGCAAAAAUUCUCCUACAAGCUUGAGUACCUUUUACAGUUUGACCAGAAAGAAAAAAGCACAUUGCUGGGGAACAGAAAAGACUACUGGGAUUAUUUUUGUGACUGUCUGGCAAAAAUCAAAGGAGCUAAUGAUGGAAUCCGCUUUGUCAAGUCUAUUACAGAACUACGAACCUCUCUUGGAAAAGGAAGAGCAUUUCUUCGCUAUUCCCUGGUUCACCAAAGGCUAGCAGACACCUUGCAGCAAUGUUUUAUGAACACCAAAGUGACCAGUGACUGGUACUAUGCAAGAAGUCCAUUUUUGAAUUCCAAAAUGAGUUCUGACAUUGUGGGUCAACUCUAUGAGCUCACUGAUGUUCAGUUUGACUUGGCAUCAAGAGGCUAUGAUUUAGAUGCUGCUUGGCCAGCGUUUGCCAGAAGGACUCUGUCCUCACUUGGAUCUUCAGCAUAUUUAUGGAAGCCCCCAAGUCGCAGUUCCAGCAUGAGCAGUUUAGUGAGCAAUUAUUUGCAGGCUCAAGAGUUUCCUUCCAGCCCUGAUGUAAAUAACUCACUAAAUGUUGAACACCUUGAGGGCUACGAAGAGAUGCGUUUAGAACUUGACCAGGCUGAGCUGAAGCAGAGGGAGCUCCAAGAUCGUAUUCACCAGCUAGAAAUUGAAAACCAGGAGCUCCAGGCAGCUGUCAGCCUUCAAAAAGAACAAGUGCAGGUAGAAAAGGAGAAGAGCAAUAACUACAGUGAGGAGAACUCCCGGCUGACAAAGAUGAUCACAGAAUUACAGAAGCAGUGUGAGAUCUCACACUCCACUCAGAGCACUGUCCAUCACCUGCAGAAGUGCCUACAUUCACUGGAACUGGGUGCAAUGGAGCAGCAGAAGGAGCACUCAACAAAGGUAGAACAGCUGUUGACCAGCAAGGAAGAUUGUGCCUCAAAAUUGCAGGUUUCGAAUCAGGAGCUGGAGACCUCUAGGGCUUUGAUUGCUGCGAAGGAUCUUUGCAUUGAUGAGCUCAAAGCCAAGCUGAGUUCCAUAGAACAGAAGGACCUCAACCUCCUUGCAAAAGUUGAUGCUGCCUUGGAUGAAAAGGGACAGCAAGCCACAGCCCAGUAUGACUUUGCCCUCCAGAUACGGGCACUGUUAGAGAAGCUUCAGGAGAUGGAAAAGGAAAAGGCAGAUAUGCAAAAACUCAGUGAUGAACAUGCAUCUCAGCUGAAAGCAGCAAGGGAGGAGCUGCUCAUGAAAGAACAGGCACAGAAGGAACUGGAAUCCAGAUAUAGUAGUCUCACUGCUAACUCCAAAGAAGAGAGUAAAAAGCUGAUUGGGAGCCUGGAGACCAUGGCAAAGGAAAAGGAUGCACUUCAGAAGGCCCUGACUUUGAAAGGAAAGGAGAUGGCUGAGCUGCAGACCCAGGUAAUGGGGUCGCUAGCUCAGGUGGGUUCACUGGAAAAAACUCUUGAGGAAGUCAGGAAGGAAAAAGAAAAACUUGAGGAGGAGUAUGGUAGGAGGGAAGGAGCACUGAAGCAGGAAUUCCAGUCGCAAGCAGAGCAACUUGAACUACAGGAGGGUCGCUUAACAAAGGUGAGUCAGACUGUGUGUAGCCUUCAGGAGCAAAACCAGAAACUCUUGUCUGUGAAGGAGCAUCUUGGGCAGAAAGUCAAGGAGCUGGAGGAGCAGAUGGAGCAGCAAAACUCUGCACUGAGUGAAUUGGAUGAGGAGAGCAGGAAGCUGAAAGCAGAGAAGGAGAAUUUGCAGCAAUCUAAGAAGAAGAUGGAAGAGAAGCUGAAAAACCUGGAAGCUUCUAAAGCUUCCUUAGAAGUUGAAGUAGCCAGGUUGAGAGCCUCUGAGAAACAAUUUCAGAGUGAGAUAGAUGAUGCCCUGGUGUCAGUUGAUGAAAAAGAGAAGAAGCUUCGGGGUGAGAACAAACAGCUGGAUGAAGACUUGCAGAAUGCCAGGAGGCAAAGCCAAAUUCUAGAGGAGAGGCUGGAGGCUCUGCACUCAGAAUAUGAAGAACUAAAGCAAAGAGAAGAGACCUCCAAGGAGUCUUAUGCCUCACUUGAAGCACAGCUGAAGAGUGCCAAACAGCAUAGUUUACAAAUGGAAAAAGGCUUGGACACCUUAAAGGAAAGCAGAGAGUGUAUCCAGUCACAGCUCAUGGAGAAGGAAGUAGAACUGCAGGGCAUGGAGAGCCAAUGUCAGCAGCUAAGAGCAGAAGCUGAAAGAUACAGGAAGAAAGCAGAAGCUCUUGAGAUGGAAAAGCUCGGUGUUGAAAAGACAUGCCUUCAUCAGACAAAACUUAUAGAAUCUCUCACAUCAGAAAAGGAAUCAGUGAGAAAAGAGCAACUACAGCAAGCAGCGUCCCUGGAGAAGGAGGCAAAAGAACUGGCCUUCAGACUGACCAUGAGUGAAGAGCAGCUGGAGGUCAACCGAGGUGAAGUGUCCAGGCUGCAGGCAGAGGUCCUUGAUCUGAGAGUCAAGCUUCAGCAGGCCACUGAUGAGAGAGAGAGGAUGAGAGGCAAGCUGGCAGUCACUGAGGAUGUCCUGAGUGAGCAGAAGAUGCUUGUCCAGCAGCUGAAAGAGCAGACCGAGUCUCUCAACAGAAACCAUCUUCAAGAACUGGUGCAAUGUAAAGAAAGGGAAGAAAAGUUGGAGAAAGAGCAGGAGAGAACAGCCCAUCAAAAAGCUGAGCUGGAAAAUAAUUUGUUGAACCUAAAGGAAGAGCUGUCUAAGGUUAAGCGGUAUUUGGAAAAUGCUAGAGUGGAAAACGAAGAAAAUAAAGAUCUCCUCCACAGAACCAACACUGAUAUGGCUGAACUUGGUAUUCAGAUUUGUGCCUUGACCUCUGAAAAGGUGGAUGCAGAAGAGCAGUUGGCCCAGGCCACAGAAAGGUUCAAAGAACUGGAAGAACAUGCAGCAGAGCAACAGGAGAAGCUGAAUCUUGACAUCUCUGAUCUCAGAGAGGAGAACAAGAGCCUGCAAGAGAAAUUAGAGGAGGCUCAAAUGUGUGCUGCAGCUGUCCCAGGUCUGCAAUUGCAGCUGGAGACACUAAAGAAACAGGCACAGAGUUUCCAAGAGACCAGCCAAGAAGAGCUGUCUGCAAUAAAAUUUCAAAUGAGCACUGAGAUUCUAAAUUAUCAGAAAAAAUUCAAGGCUGUCAGUGAGGAGUGUGGGAAAGUAAGAGAGCAACUUGAGGAGCAGAAGCGACAACAGCAUGCAGCAGAGGAAGAGAUUACAGAAUUACAAGCUGCAAACACGAGUUUGUGUAGAAAGCUGGAUGAAGCAAGAGAACAGCUAUCAGAAUCAGAAUCUGCUCGGCUGCAGAAGGAAGAGGAAGUGACUUCUCUUAGAGAACUCUUGGAAAGGAUCCAAAAAGAGGCUGAUGAAGCAAAAGAGAAGAUCCUGGAUUACACUGAGAAGCUCAGCAAGGUGGCAGCAGACAAAGAUAGCAGUGACCAGAAGUUAAUUGCUGAACUGGAUGACCUGACAAGAACAAAGCAGUUCCUUGAAGAACGUUUGAUAGAACUGAUCAGAGAUAAGGAUGCUUUGUGGCAAAAAUCCGAUGCUCUGGAGUUCCAGCAGAAGCUUAGUGCAGAGCAGAGGUGGCAGGGGGACACAGAAGUUAAUCACUGUCUGGACUGCCAGAGAGAGUUCUCAUGGAUGGUGCGCCGACACCACUGCAGAAUGUGUGGCCGCAUUUUCUGCUACUACUGCUGCAACAACUACAUGGUGACCAAGCUUGGUGGAAAAAAGGAGCGUUGCUGCAGAGCUUGCUUUAAUAAGCCUAGAGUCAUUGUGGACAGUACAGAUGACUCUGGAUCCAGUGCCAACCAGGAAGGAUCGCCAGCUUCAUUGGAAUCACCUGUGUCACCAUCUGAGAGGGCUUUUGUUGCAAGUGAGCCCUCUAAACCACCAGAUGAUGCAGCUUUUGAUAUAAUCACUGAUGAGGAGCUGUGCCAAGUACAGGAAUCAGACUCUCUCCACAAUGAAAGUCAGAUGGAGAGAGACUCUCUGGAUCAAAGCGUGACAGAUCUAUGUGUUUGCUGGGCUAAGCAGCUGUUAGGGGCUCUGUACAGCCUCCAGUCUCCGUUUCAGGUUUCUGCCUUUCACACAAUUCGAAACAGCACGUGUAAUUCUUCAACCUUCGAUGAAUCUGAAGACUGGCAAGUUGCUCAAGAUGCUGAGAUAUGCUUGUUGAAGUCAGGAGAAAUUAUGAUGAAAUUACCCCUUACAGUAGAAGAGAUCAUGAAUUUUGGAGAAAGCAACAGAGAGCUGUUCAUCAAAUCCAGCACCUACAGUAUCAUUCCCAUCACUGUUACAGAGAUGGGAUUAACAAUUAGCUGGAUCUUCUCAUCAGACCCCAAAAGCAUAUCCUUCAGCGUUGUCUACCAAGAGUCUGAAGACACACCGUUGGAUCAGUGCAAAGUUCUUAUUCCUAUGACUCGCUGCAACUCUCAUAAGGAAACUAUCAGAGGACAGGUGAAAGUCAGAAACGCUGGAAUCUACACCCUGAUAUUUGACAACACAUUCUCUAGGUUUAUCUCAAAAAGAGUGUUUUAUCACUUGGCUGUUGAGCGACCUGUCAUCUAUGAUGGAAGUGAUUUUCCAUAGCCUUUACUAUACUGUGUAUUUUUAAUUAAAUUUUUAAGAGAUGCUAUUAUUUAUGUAAAUGUGUAAGCAUUAGGAUUACCACUGUGCUUGAAGACUUUGAAACUAUGCAAUAGUUCUAAUGCACUUAAGAGGAGAUGUGUACACUAAAAACAGAAGCCUUUUCAGGAACACUAAUGGUUCUGUGCUAUGUACAGAUUGCUGAAAAGCCAUGUUGUUUGGUUUAACAGGUCAAUAAUAACCAAUUUUUUUCAGUGGGGAGAAAGAAUAAAUGUGGGCGUGUCUAAAUGCAAACUGAAAUUCUUUGCUGAAAAUUGAGCUAUUUUUCUUCCAAAAAUACCCUUCAAAAGGAAAUUUAAGAAAAAUGCCUAUUUUUGACCUCUUCACUGAGGUGUAAACAUAAUCAUCUCCGUUCUGCUGUACUGCUCUUACAGUCAGAGCAGCAAUUAUGCAAUACUUCAGUCUUCACAGGCAAAUACUGUAAUCCAUCUAGAAUUUUUUUAUCUUUUCCAAGUUUUAUAAGCUGCAUACCAUAGGAGUUCUAUACAUUUUGUGCUAAGAUGUGGUAAGUCUUAACUGGCUUUUUCCAAUGCUUUUUCACUGAAUACCAGUUACAAAGUAAUAAUCACAAAGCAGCAACUCCUUUCACUUAGGCUCACCAUACUCUGUACCUUGGCCUAUGGAACCCAGUUCCUAUGGUAAGCACCAGUGGCAGAAUGUGGAACAUCCUCUGUGGAAUAAAGUACUGCUCACUGUUGAUAUUGGGAAGAGGAGCAUUCCUUUUUCCUGCCUUAGCACCUUAGUCAUCAGCAUUGACAGGAAAGCACAGUUUCUAAGAUCACCAGCAUCUCUCUCUCUCCAGAACACAUGGAAGGCAGCAAUAAUGUUUGAACUGGUCUCAAAAUGUCCAUCCAAAAUGGAAUGCAUAUCCAGGCCUGGCAAGCUCUCCACCCAGUCUUGUUAGUGUAUUCUGUCCCUUUCCUAAGCCUUGCAGUUGCCCUAUCCAGCUGCUAACUUUGCAUCUCAGAUUUGGGGGCUGUUAACACUGCCUUUUAAAGGAAGACUGGGUUCUCACUUUUACAAAAUUUCUAUGCAAACCAUCUGCUUUCUGUAUAGAAUUUCAGCUUUUUGUCAAAAUACCUAAAAGUGGAUUUUUCUAUAUAAAAAAAUCCCCUGUCUUCCAAUAGAAUGGUGAAACAUUUGGCAGGAGAAAGAGGAAAAUCUCUUUCUCCCAACCAGUGCUUCUCAUAAUUUAAGUGUGUCUGAUUUGUCAUGUUACUGUACUGCCAAGGAAACCUCAGACCUGGAGGGUUUUAGUGCAGCAGUUGGUAGAAGACCAGCACAACGUAUGAGGAACCCUGCAGAGACUUGGUGGAAGCUAUAGCUGGCAUACAGGCAUCAUGGUGGGAGACAGAAAAUAAAGCAUGAGGGGAAAGAAGAAUAAAGGGCAAUUGUAAACUGAAGCAAAUGGUUUGGGGAGAGGAAAGGGGCAAGCUUGUAGACGUAAAAGCAAGGAAAGGGAAUUGGAGGAAUGAGCUGAGCUAGGGAAGGUGGUCAGGAGAGACCGGGUUUCUCAUCAUCAUCAAUUGUUCCAGUUGUUAACAAUAUAUAAUACAGUGAUCUUGAAAAAGAUUGUGAAAGAAUGACUACUUUUCAUGGAGCACCUAGGAUUUAGGUCUCUGGCUCAUCGAUAGCGUUCCCUUGCCUUCAGCGGCCUUUUGCCCCAUGGUAGUGGUGUGCUCCCAACCCUCUGCCAGGCUGUGGUCAUUGGAAGGUGCAAGCUCCUGAAGGCAAUGGUGCAGGUAAGCCCUGGCCUGGUGGUAUGCAUGAAAAUGAGAUGGAAGCGACACUGAUGUAGGCAAUAAAAAGCAAUAAAUGGCUCAGAUCCAUUCAUGAAUUACAGCAUAUUUCAGUCUUGAAGCUAUGUUUUAUAUUUAAUUAGGCAAGAAGUGAUUAUUUAUUGCUUAAAAAUGGAGUACUGUGUACCAUAUGCUAUGCAAUUUCGCUGAACUGUUACUGAAGUCUGAUGCAGUUUUCUCUUAAGCUUUUAGGUGUGUUUUUUAAAAACAUUUUGCUGUUAUUUACUUAGAAUACUAAUUUUAUUGGGAUAUCUUUCUUAAAAUGCCAAAUGUAAGGUAAAGGGACACUGUCAAGUAUCUUCAGCCAAAAUAUGACAUCUCUCUGUUAAAAAAUAUUUGAAGUCUCUCUACAAAAAAUAAUUUGACAGCCUUGCCUCUUGGUUUCCUCUCCAUAUCCACUUCUCAACAUUUUUUUAUCCUGUCACAAAUACUUAUAAACCCCUGUUCAUGUAGCUCUUAAAAUAAUUGUCUCCAUGCAAUAAGCCAGAUGUUUCCCUGGAGUUCCCUGACAUAGUCCUGAGACUGGCUGAAGCCUAUGUUUGGGAGAAGGGGAGUAAAUCCACUGGAUUGUACUCAUUUAGCAUUUCUCUAUGGCUCCUUUUCUUCAGGUUUUCCUGCCCUUUGAGAGUAAUUUAAUGGCUUUUUUUGUUGUCUCUCUCUGAAAGAGGACUAAGAGUAGGAGUCAGAACCUCUAGUUUAAAGAUGAAAAGAAAGUGUUUGCUUCUGACCAAAGACAGUACUUAAGGAGAAAAAGUUUCAAAUGAUGAAAUAUCAGGCUGGUAAGGUUGCAAGUGGACAGGAAUACAGCUGUUCAAAGAAGCUUCCUAGUAGCAGUAAUCCCAUCAUAACAGGUGGAAGAGGCUGUGCAGAGACAGCAAAGAACCUGACAUUAGUAGAGAUCUUUCAUUUAAAUGUCCUAGACAGUUCAUUACUGGAAUCAUGGAAACCCAAUAAAGGACUUUGAACAAGGGUAGGCUUGUGCAAGAGAUUAUUUCAUUCAAGCACCUCAUUCUUGCAUUCAUAAAAUGCUUGUUCAUGUGAGCUAUGCCAGCAAUGCUGAAAAAUCUCCUUAUUUACAGGUGCUCAGGUGAUCUGUUGAACUGGGCUUUUUAUUAUCUACAGGAAUGCAAUUAAGAGAAAAAUCUUUUUAAUUGAUAAUGAGAUUAAUUGAAGGAGAUGUCACAUUCAUAAUACAAAGAGUGGUCAGCAUAAGCAAUUCGAUGUUUUUCUGGGUGCUGGAAAGGGUAAAGAGAUAUGGAGGGUAAGAAUUUUUGUUAAAAAGACGUUUAUGCAAAGGAAAGACUGGUUUCUUCAAGAAAAUGACAGUGUUCCUUUAUUCAACAUUACUUAAUGUUUCUUUAUGAAAAAAAGCAGUAUUGCACAAGAGUGUACCAUGUUACAAAAUAGCAAAGCUACAAAAGCCUGACUUCUUCCCUAAAGCUGAAAUUGCACUAUAGUUUUAAUUAUGCUCAAUCACUGAGGUUGUAACUUGUUCAGAAGCAUCUUUUGGUCUUAUCUGCCAAAGAAUUGCAAGCCCUGUUCACAUCAAACUUACUGCUACAGAUAUGGAAAAAAUCAUGUAUACCAGUGUCUGUUACAGUUACAGAAAUGUAAAUGGUUGUGUUGGAAUGUUUUUCUUGAUGCUUUUUCCCCCUUUUUUAACCUCAGGAAUUUAAGAGUAAAAUUCUUUAUCAUUGUGAA